CAGGAACGGACAGGCGAUAAAAUGUUAUUUGUUAAUAUUUUUUUGUAAAUACCUAUAAAUGAGCGAGCGUAUAAUGUGAUCACGAUGGGCGGUUGCAUUGGAAUAACUAGAAGCAGGAGUGGGCCCAUAGAGGAAUCUUCGGGAACGGUGUCGCGGCCUAAUUCGGGCGGAUUGCGGAAGAACCAGUCACUGUGUCACGAGACGAUAAGGUGGAAAUCUGAUGUGCCGUUAACGGAGGGUCAAUUGAGGAGUAAGAGGGAUGAUUUUUGGGAUACUGCUCCGGCAUUCGAGGGUCGUAAAGAGAUCUGGGACGCACUACGGGCGGCAGCAGUUGCCGCUGAAGCCAUGGACUUUCAGCUCGCGCAAGCUAUACUUGACGGUGCUAGUGUUUCUGUGCCAAAUGGCUACCUGACAGAGUGCUAUGAUGAAUGGGGGACCAGAUAUCAGGUUCCGAUAUACUGCCUGUCGGCUCCUAUAAACAUGAUGAAGGAGGCGAGCGGGCGCGACUCGCCGGCUGAGUGUUCGGAGCCCGUGGAGGGCGGCGUGGCGCUGGCGUUGCGGCUGCGGCUGUCCACCGGCGGCCCCGACCUCGACCUGCCCGUCUGCUCGAGGCACACUAUUGCGCACUGCAAGGCCAAGCUACACGCUCAGGAGAACAUCGAGCCGUGGCGGCAGCGCUGGUUCUACGGCGGGAAGCUGCUCGGCGACCGCCUGCUGGUGGAGGAGGCGCGCGUGACGCCCGGAUACGUGGUGCAGGUCAUCGUGGCGCCCGACGAGCACGCGCCGCACAGCUAGUCGCGCGGCGAAAUAUCAAUCCAGGAAGUAACUCAGUGACGUAACCGUGGUCACGACCGACACAGCCGAGACUGGCUCUGAUAUUCUAAAUGUUCCCUAACCGUAGUCACUAUGAGAAGGAUCUUUAACGGAAUAUGUAGAAAUCAUAAUUUAUCCUUUACGAAAAUUUAAAUCGCUGGACUUAAACGCUUUUGUUUUCAAACAUUUAACAUUUGCCGGUUUCCCUUAAACAGUUAUAUUCAAGUAUCAAUAAGACAUAUAAUCUAAUUUUUUGUGCUAUAUAAGACAAAUUACUAAGAUGCAGUAAAAGUGGAAAUUAUAAAUAUAUAAUUUAUAUACUUAUAUAUAUAAUUUGAUCAUGUCCGUCCGUACGCCACUGCCUCGUUUCGCUAAACAUAGCUAUACAAAUUGCAUUUUCUUCUGAAAUUGUAUAUAAAAGUAAUUAGUGAUUAUUUAAAUAUCGUCUCUCGUUUUAUAUGUUAAUUUUUUUUCUACUUCAAAGCUUAAACAAACAAUAAAACGAAUAAUUAUUGUAUAAGUACGUUUAUUAGAAUUUAUCACGUCUAAAAUCUAUCAAAUCGGGAUACGAGUUAAUAUAAUGUUACCAGUACAAUUAAAAAAAAAACUUUUUUUUUACUAAGUACUUUAAAUAAUAGAUUCAUAGCGAGAAUAUUUCUAGCGAUUUAAAUUGUUCGUCUCAAGGUACCUGUACAAGACAUACGAUGGAAUUUAAAAAUGAAAUUAAUAAUGUGAAAAAAACUAAAAUGAUAUCAGAAAUAUGUUUCAUACUUAGGGUACUAAAGUAAAUAAAGGACCUAAAUCGUAUUUGUAGUGUUUGUAGAGCUAUUACUGUCGCCGAACUGUAAAUAUAGUGAAGCUAAAAAUAAGGGUAUUUGAUAAAAACUAUGUACGCUUUCGUAACAUGCGCACGCGUGCAUGAAGCAAAGAUAAAACAUUUAAUUCAUGUAUUUUCUACUUAUCCCUAUUCGAGGCCUAUUGCAAAUGGACUUAUUUCAACUGAGUAUAAAUAUAAAUAAGAAACGCUUGUCUAAUUAAAUCGAAACGAAACCGAGGUUUUUUGUUCAAAUUAUAAUAUCUAAUUAUUUUAAAUUCCUAAACGAGUAAUUUAAAAUCUGAAAAAAAAAUUAGGAAGAUUACCAUGAAAAAUACUAUCAAAUAUAUCAAAUAAUCGUAUUUACAAGUGCAUAGGUUGAUGAAUUUAAAAAUAUGCAAAGGGCGCACGUUCUCAUGAAAAAUAUUAUUUGUUUAGUUGCACGUUCUAUGUGUCACCGCCAUGUUUGUGGUAAACGUUUAUGUUGUCCAAUAACUAAUUGAUUGGAAUUUAUUUUAAACGAGUCUCUCCUUUAUAAUAAAUUGUAUUUAUUGAAACAAUAUUUAUGAUAUAUUUUUCAACUUCAACAUUAUCAAGGAAUGUUUGUGUAUCAUUGACAUUAUAGAUCCAAAAGGUAAUUAAACUAAAAAAGUGCGAAAAAUGUAGUAUUUUUGUACGAAGUGAAAGUACCAAUGUUGAUAUCGGAGUGGGUCUGCGUAGAAUCUGUUUUGACAUAACUAAUUUCGUAUUUUGAUUAAGAAGUGACAUUAGACAUUUAUGCUUUAUUUUGGAUCGAACGAUUUUCAGAUUAAAUGUAUUAUCAUACAUUAUUAUUUCGCAUGCACUUUUAUAAAUAAUAAAAUAAUACAAUAUUUUAAAGAGCAAGAUCUCAUCCACCAAUUGGGAAGUUCAACAAUCAUGCGUCAAAUAUAAAACGACCUCAUUGGUUGAUAUCAUCGUCGAGUCGCGAAUGAUUUUUUCGAACAAUAUUAGCGAGAGAGACCUAUAAUUAUUGUUUUAAAUAUGUCAAUAUUAGUUCUAUAAUCAUAUGGCUUGUAUUGUCGAUAAGCUUCGGUCGUCCGUGACUAAAGUCAUGUAAACAUGAACAUAAAUUUUAAAAUUACCUUAAAAUUGUUGCUAUAUUGAACAUUAAUUAAUAAAAAUAGACUAUCGAGUGUACCAUAAAAAUAUAGAUGAGUUAUUUCAAUAUCUUGAUUUUGAACACCAAUAACUUUUAAUACUUAAUUUUCUUAACUUCUUAUGUGUUCAAAACUGUUAUAACUCACUGCCAUAUUUGUAAUUGAAUAAGUAUCUUUUAUUAUUUAUGAAAGUAUCAGAUUGUGUAUUAUAAAUUUAUAAGUUCCAAAAGGCCAUUUUAUAUUUCUAAAAACUAUAUCAAAAACAUAAUAUGUUACCAUAAAUAUAAAAACAAAUUGAUUAUUACAUUAUUCUUAUUUGGUUAAUAGCUUCAUUAUAAAUCAUUCAGUUUUUUGAGGUACCUGAAGAUUGUUUUAUUUAUAUCAUAGAUACCAAGUUUCAUGAAAUUCUGUCCAGUGAAUUUGGCUUGUUAGCUUAAAUAAUAUAAAAUUAUACUAAACUUGACGAGUCUGAAAAAAAAAUUGUUACUUGUCUAUCUGUGCUGUUGGAAUUGACUGAUGCGUGAUUGCGCUGAUUUUAUACUAAGGAGACCGUACUAGGAAGGCUAUACAAUUAAAAAAUUGUAACGCGUGUAACUUUCAGGACGUUUGACAAAUAUAUAUCGCGCUCAAAUUCGACCUUGUGAUUUUACUGCCAUCGCAUCCAAAGAAAUUAUCCUAUGAAAUAAAAAAGCGAGUUCGUUAUUCCUUAUCUAGUAAAUGUUAGGUACACAUAUUAUAUAUUACCAUUCUUUAGUUUAUACUUAUACCAGUAAUAUGUGUAAAUUUUAAUAAAAUUUUAUUUCUUAAAUAUGAUUGCUGUAAACUGAUUUAGUAUGACUGAUGUUACUUCAAGACGUGUGAUAGCUUUAUGAUUAUUUAAAAUUAUGCCAGUUAUCACGUUCAAAAAUAGCAUAUCAUCAACGAAACUAUAUCGUUAAAUAGAUAUAUUAUUUUGAA